GCCAGAUUUAAGGGUAGUAUAGAUAUUGUAGGAAACGUGACGAGAGAACAGAAUUGGAAGGCGACACGGGCAGUACUAAGCAAGGACGUGCGGUAUUGAGACAGACGGUUAAUUCUUGUUCCCGAAGAUUUUCUGCAACAACCUGGACUGUGCCAAUCGAGGCGAUGAAUAUACUGUAUACUCUGUUCCGGUGUCAUUGUACUCGGUACUCUGUAGGUCGACCCAUUAUUAUUAUCGUUUCUUUCUUUUUGCCUGAAAACAGCCUGGUCGUUCGUUGUCCGAAGGCUGGCGAGCCCAUGGCUGGCGGAGAAAAUUCCGGGGUGAGCUCAUUUCGGCUCCACGAAGACCCAAAAAACUUGCUUCGUCAUAGAGCUGCUGUAGCAAAGAGGCGCUCAGAGGAAGAAAAGAAAAAAAGGGGGGAGGAGGAAGCAGAGAGAUCUCGAGUAGGUAAGAUGUGUGGAGGUGAGAACGGUGAAGAGGGCGGAGGGGACACCGUAGAUAGUUUGAACCUCGGGAUUAAAACAAAACCGGUCGAAGACCAGCUUAUGGACAAACAAUAGAAAGAAACGACCUCGAAACU